UAAUAAUGGGAUAACUUUCUUUUAUUCCCUUAAAAUAGGAAUGUCACAUGGGCAGAAGUACUGAGCCUAAAAUACUUUAAUGUUUUCCUUAACCAGCCUGAAUCAACCUUUCUUCGAACUUUGACUCAAACCCAGCUUGAGCAACAAUAAAAAAAACAAUCAAAGUCCCGAGUUCUGAAAACAAUGAAGUGUUUUCAAUAAUACUAACAAGUGUUUGUGUAUCGCUUAUCGGUGAACCCAGUGGGAAAGAACCGCGAUCUCGACAGCUAUCUUAUAAAUAAUGCACGCCCGCACUCUGCUCACUGCACUAUCAUAUCCGAGCCUUAGCUCAUCCAGUACUAACAUAGAUAUACUUUUAAAUACUAAAUAAUUUUCGGUUUUACAUGGAAAACAAAAUGGCGUUAAUGAGUGUGAUUGUGUCUGUUCUUUUUUUUAAUUUAUCUGUUCUUGCGCUGCCGCAAGAUGUGUUCCAAAAGCCAUCAUAUAAACUAUACACAAGAGCUGAUUGGCAAGCUAAACCAGCUACGGACAUCGUCCCAUUGAAGGCACCAGUACCAUACGUAGUGAUACACCACACGUACAUACCGGCCGCUUGUCACUCAUUCAAUGAGUGCUCGACAGACAUGCGUGGUAUGCAGAACUACCAUAUAGGGCUCGACUUUGGGGAUAUUGGGUACAAUUUCUGCGUGGGCAGUGAGGGAGGUGCUUAUGAGGGUCGCGGCUGGGACCUCAGGGGCAUCCACGCGGGGAGGGCCAAUAACCACAGCAUCGGGAUCUGUCUUAUUGGAGACUGGAGAGAGGAACUACCACCGCAACCUCAACUAGAAACAACGAAAGCUCUUAUCGCGGAUGGAGUAAGACUGGGCAAGGUUAGCCCGGAUUAUAAACUAAUAGGUCACAAUCAGGUGAUGGCCACAGCCUGUCCUGGAACCGCCCUCUCUGAGGAAAUAUCCACCUGGGAACACUUUACCAAUGCAAAACCUGACUUCAACCUUUUGAAGGAUGUUAUAACUGCAACUGAAGGUACUGAAGAAGUUACGACUGAAUAACUGUAAAACGUGGAGAGAUGAUGACGAUGAGAGAUGACUGACAAACGCUUUCGAUUAAAUUAAUUUGAAAAAUAAAAGCAUUUUAGUUAGUUUUAUUUUAAUAAUUUAAGUACUAUUUAUU